CGGGUCCCCUUCCCGCAGGGCGCUCCACAGAGGCGGGGGGUGGGAGCGCCGGCUCCAGGCGGCGGAACCUCUGCGCGGGGCUCGCGCGCUUCCGGCCGGCGCCUUUUCCCAGGGACGCCGCCGCCCCUCGCACCCCCGCGCCCGCGCCCCCAGUCCCCGCGUCCCCGGCGCCGCCGGCCGGAGCUGCCCGGAAGUCUCGGUUCAGCCGCCGGCGCUCGCCAGGGGAAGCCCGGGGCAGCCCGGGACCUCGGCCCGCUCCUCAGGACCCGAGAGGCCGCCGCACGGGCUGCCGCUCCAGAUGCUGCUGCUGCCGCCGCGGCCACCCCACCCUCGGUCCUCCUCUCCGGAGGCCAUGGACCCACCGCCCCCCAAGGCUCCCCCUUUUCCCAAGGCGGAAGGCCCCUCCUCCACGCCUUCCUCGGCGGCGGGGCCCCGACCCCCGCGGCUGGGCCGCCACCUCCUCAUCGACGCCAAUGGGGUCCCCUACACAUACACGGUGCAGCUGGAGGAGGAGCCCCGGGGCCCGCCCCAGCGCGAGGCGCCCCCAGGAGAGCCCGGCCCUCGCAAGGGCUACAGCUGCCCCGAGUGCGCCCGUGUCUUUGCCAGCCCUCUGCGGCUGCAGAGCCACCGCGUGUCGCACUCGGACCUCAAGCCCUUCACGUGCGGCGCCUGCGGCAAGGCCUUCAAGCGCUCCAGCCACCUGUCGCGGCAUCGCGCCACGCACCGCGCCCGCGCCGGGCCGCCGCACACCUGCCCUCUCUGCCCACGCCGCUUCCAGGACGCCGCGGAGCUGGCGCAGCACGUGCGCCUCCACUAAGCUCGAGACCCGGCCUGUGCUGCCCUGGCCCUCUCAGGGCCACCAAGUCUGACCCACACAGCGUCACUCACUCCCACACACACUCCCUGGCUCUGCUGAGGUUACUGCCUUACCCCGGGCCUCAGUUUCCCCACCUUCCAAAGGGAGGCGCGUCAUUCUUUCCUUAUCCCCUUUCUAGCUGUGUGAUGUAGACCAAAGUCGUUGCCCCUCCCUGGACCCGGGAACCAGUCGGAACUGGGUUCCGGUCCAGCUGUGCUGUGUGAACUUUUGCAAGUGACGUGACCUUUAAGCCUUGGUUUCCUGCCCUCUGGAGCGGUGAGCCGGUGGCUGUCAGCGGGGAAGAGAUGAUAAAGAGCACGGGCACGGUCUGGUUCAUUUCUGUACCUACCCCCCUUCCGCCCACGCUCCCUACCCUUUGCUCAAUAAACAUUCCGCACUCCA